CCAACCAUCUCCGGAAGUGUUUGUCGUUAUUGCUUGAGCUCACGCUGCCACUACAACCGACCGCGCGCUGGUUCAGCUAGCAAGCGAGGAAGAUGCUAGACAGAAAUGGCGGUGACGGCAAGGCGAGCAGCAUGAAGUGCUGAUGCAUUAUAUGGAUCGAAAUUUAAGACUGCUAGGACAACGUUGGGAAAAUGACAAUGACGUCGAAGUAGGACACCUUUUGUAACUGUCAUUACAAACCUACAACACCUUCCCGGGAGAGUUUUCAUCUUGUCAGCGGAGGAGAGAGAACCUCACCGGGAGCAUGGCUUCUCACGGCAACCAGUACAUCUUUGGGGAAUUCAGCCCUGAUGAGAUCAAUCAGUUUUUUGUGACACCACGAUGUUAUGUCGAGCUUCCCCCGUUCAAUGACAAAGUCCCGUGCGUCAGUCAGUCUUCUGGAAGUUACUGCACUCCUGCUGUACCUUAUAUUAUGGAGUCUAUGGGACUGCAGGUUUGCGCAGAAGACUAUCAACGCAUUGAAUUUGGCGUUGACGAGGUGAUGGAUUCCAAGCCCAUUGGGGUGAACGAUCCUUUAUACAAGGUGUCAAGCACCCUCAAUCCCCAGGCUCCAGAGUUCAUCCUGGGCUGCCAGUCAGCGCAGAAGGCCCAACAGACCGCUCCUCCAGCAACUGAUGUCCCUGAUGGAACCCACUUCAACUCGCUGGAUGGCCCUGACAUCGAGGCCUCAACCCUGGACAAUCACCAGGCCUGCCAGGACAUGGACGGACUACCUGGUGGCCUGGGACAGCGAGAGAGGAAGAAAAAGAAAAAGCGACCACCGGGGUACUACAACUACCUGGACCCAUCAACUGGCAGCAACAGCAGUAGUGCAGCAGAUGGGACGUCUGUGACAGCACUGGUGAACGGACAUGCACUUGGUGGCCCACACCACUGUGCUGAGGAUCUGGAUGGUAAGGCAUUGUCAGGGGCUGAACUCUCCACCCCUGGUCCUGUCUCCACAGCAACAUCAACGGCUGCUGUGGCUUCGGCCAUGUUUGCCCCGUCAUCCACUGCCAAUCAGAGGACUUGUGAUAGCCCUGAUGAUUCUUCUUUGGACUUAACAAGUGGAGCUGCCUCUUUAUCAGAUGGCAACAAUGCAACUUCCUCCUCUUCAUCCUCCUCUCAAAGCAGAGGGAUGACAGAGGGACCGAGGACUGCAGAUCAGCAGCCAGAUCAUUUGGCUCCACAGAGCCCUGAACUUUCAGAUACUCCACACAGCCCCCGCUCUAAAUCACCUAUUCCCCUCUCAGCUGCUGUGGCCACCCCCUCUGUCGCCACUUCCAUUACGACUACUGAACUGGAGGGAAGGGAGGUAGCAGACAGUGGGGUGGCCAAUGGGCUAGCAGAACGUGAAACUCCCAUCAGUGCAGAUGGACACAAAGAAGACUAUGAGAGUGGGGAGCAGGCUCAGCAGGUCUCUCCAGACUCUGCUGCCCAGCCGGUAGUGACAGAGCAGGCCCCUUCGCCUGCUAUUCAAGCUGCACCUACUGCCAACCUCCCAAAGUCUUGGGCUAGCCUCUUCCACAACUCCAAGCCUCUGCCUGGGGGUCCUCAGGCUUUUGUGGAGGUAAAGAAUGUUGUGGAAGUUGUAUCUCCCUCCCUUGCUACACCAGAGCAGCCUGAGAAAGUUGGGGAGGUCAAAGACGGCCCUGUCCACGUAUCAGAGGAUCCAAUGGCCCCUAAACUUGCAGAACUUAUUGAGAAUGUGAAGUUGAUACAUAAACCAGUGUCUUUGCAGCCGAGAGGACUGAUCAACAAAGGAAACUGGUGCUAUAUCAACGCUACCCUACAGGCCCUGAUUGCAUGCCCUCCCAUGUAUCACCUGAUGAAGUCCAUUCCUCUGCAUAAUGAAACGCAGAGACCAUGUACCUCCACACCCAUGAUUGACAACUUUGUAAGGCUGGUGAAUGAGUUCAACAACAUGCCUGUGCCAUCUAAAGCCAAACAGCAAGCUGCUGGUGACAAGGUCAUGAAAGAUAUUCGGCCUGGUGUACCAUUUGAGCCGACUUACAUUUACAGACUCCUCACUCUCAUCAAGUCAAGUCUCUCUGAGAAGGGCCGACAAGAGGAUGCGGAGGAGUAUCUUGGCUUCACUCUCAAUGGAUUGCAUGAGGAGAUGCUGGCAUUGAAAAAACUAAUCUCGCCUCAGGAAGAGAAAGCUCCUACACCCAACGGGCCUGAUUCCCAGCCAGGUGUUGAGGAAGAUGUUGCUGAUAAGGAGGAAGAGGGUAGCGAGGAUGAGUGGGAGCAAGUGGGCCCCCGAAACAAGACUUCCAUCACUCGCCAAGCUGACUUUGUCCGCACACCCAUUACUGAUAUCUUUGGUGGGCACAUCAGAUCGGUGGUGUAUCAGCAGAACUCUAAAGAGUCCGCCACUCUGCAGCCUUUCUUUACCCUGCAGCUGGACAUCCAGUCAGAGAAGAUCCGCACUGUCCAGGAGGCUCUAGAAACCUUGGUGGCACGGGAGUCGGUCCAGGGCUACACUUCUAAAACCAAGCAGGAGAUUGAGAUCAGUCGGAGGGUGACUUUGGAAGAGCUGCCCCCUGUGCUGGUGCUCCAUCUUAAGAGAUUUGUUUUUGAAAAGACUGGAGGCUGCCAGAAACUGACCAAGAACAUUGAUUACCCCGUUGACCUGGAAAUCAGCAAAGAUCUCUUGUCUUCUGGAGUGCGGAGCAAAGUUGUGAAAGGCCAAAGAACUUACAGGCUCUUUGCAGUUGUCUAUCACCAUGGGAACAGCGCGACAGGCGGUCAUUACACCACGGAUGUCUUCCAUAUUGGUCUUAACGGCUGGCUGCGCAUUGACGACCAGACAGUGAAGGUCAUCAACCAGUACCAGGUGGUGAAGCAGACUGCGGAGCGCACCGCCUACCUGCUGUACUACCGCCGCGUCGACCUGCUGUAGACACACACAUAGACACCGCAACAUACACGCAAGAAUGCCCGAAUAUAUUGUCAAACACACACAAAACAUACAUCCUAAAAAUGCACUCGUUGACAGUACAGUACACCUACACAUGACACAAACACACCAAACUAAUGAACAGGAACACUGCCCAACUUGUUCUCUUGCAAGAUUUUCCUCCUCCUUCCCUCCCCGCUUUCCUGAGAACCAGCUUUUCCAGCACCCUUUUCCUCGUCUUUUUUCUUUUCGGAAGAAGAGAAACAAGCUGCAUUCACAAAGAUUUCCCUGUGACUGCUCUCUCUUCUCUGUGCACCACUGCUGUGUUUUGUUUUUGUUUUUUUUUUGGUUUUUUUCUUUUUCUUUUUUGUUUUACUUCUAAAGCAGCAAGAAAGGACUGUUGAAUAGACAGAGGUUGGGCUGAGGUUACAGGUUAGGACCUGAGACUCACCUGACUGAACCCACAGCUUGGCUCAGAUAGCAAACAGUGGACUCACUCACACAGGAAUAACUAUCUACCACAGGCUGCAAGUGGACUGCUGGGGUAAUUUCUCUUGUUUGAAUUACCUUUUUUAAGGAAAUGACCUAGAAAUAUCAGUGUUUGCCUUUUAGUAAAAGAGAACUGUUGACCUAAAAAAAUGCCGCAGUUUAAAAGCCUAUCUGAAUUUGCCCUAGUGCAUUGAAAAGGCCCAGCACCAGCAUUAUCACGAGUCUCUCCUCCCAAGGCCAGAUUGUCUUCUUCGCUGCCACCGACACCAACAAGUCCUCCUCCUCCAUUUCCUCACUUUUACGAUGCUUUUAAAUCUAGGUACUUGAGCCAUCAAAAACAGGAAAAAAGAUGGGUGGUACAUUGGAUGGAAACGUAAAAGCUUCUUUGUUUGAGAGAUCCUUGUUAUGGUAUCUGGGUUUAGAUUUAGAAAGACUAUUAAAAAAAUAUUGAUGCGCUUUAGAACUUAAUAACAAAUAAGCUUCUGUGCACAAAGUAUAAUAAACUGAUUGAUUAAGAUAUGACAGGCAAAUGCAUAUUUUGCAAAUAUUUAGAUUAAAAUGUAAAAAAAAAAAAAAAAAAAACUAAAAAAAAAAACUAAAUAAAAUCUAGCAGACUGAAAACUUGUUUGGGUCCUAAAAGACUGCGCUAGUUUUUAGACUCAGUUCUUGCACUGGAGAGAUGGCAACCAAUCAAGACAGAUUCCACUGCAAAAUCUUGCCCUUGUUUACUUUGUACAUUUCCUUCUUUAUUCAUUGUUUUUGUCUUUUCUUGUCUAAAGGUUCCACCUGUGUAUGGGUGGCUUAUCAGUGUAGUUCUGAGCCACACCACCCGUCUUACCCCCCAACUGAGCAGAAAGUGGGGGCUGCCUUAGGUUCAGUGUGUGAUGUUUUUCCACUCAGUGUACAAGUCUAACCCUAAGCAGGCGGCAACAGCAAGUCUAAUGUCUGUGAAGAGUUAGGGGAAUGUACCUGACACCUCUUUAUUUUACUCUUCUGUGGCUCAGCGUUUCCUCUGAGUCAAAGGAAACUGAGUGUUGAGGGGAAGUGGGACUACAUCUGUGCUACACUCUGCAUAAAGACCCCGGACAUGCGCACAAAGGAGAUAGUGUUUGCUUCUGUUGAAGAUAUUGAUUUUUGGAUCAUUCAUUGAUUGUGAUGAUUUUUGUCUGAGUUACUAAAAUGUUUUUUUUUUUUUUCUUUUUUUUUUUUUUUUUGGUCAUUGAUUGGAUGUCCCCUUGCUCUCGCUCCUUUCAGACAAAUAUGCUUGCAUUUGAAUUGGUGUUUGAAAAGAAAAUACACAGGCUAAAACACAACAAUGAAUAAAAUUGAUCUAGUUCUUUGCUUGAUAUUUAUUUCCAUUUUGUCAUUUUCUCUUUUCAGAUUUUUUUUUGUUUUGUUUGUUUGUUUGUUUGUUUUUUGCUCAAGACCCAUUUCAUUCCAACCACCAGUGCCACAAUCUCAGUAUUAACACUUUACAAAAUGUAAACUCAAGUAUUUCUAUAUGAUUUAGGCUUGUGUUCUUGGACUUUAAUCCAAAAAUUCCUUUCCUUUGUCCCAGACAGACGUCACUUUCUCACACAUACCUGUCCAUCAAUAAAAACAAGGUACACAGUUGAGAAGGCGGUUGUCCCACACUUUUGUGUUUCAGAUCAGAGUGCAGUGUACAAGCGUUUUCUCAUAUUUUAAGAGCAGCACACGGAUAAUUUAAAAUGGUCCUUACUUGGUUGUAAGUUCAGACUGAUUAGCUUCAGUCUUUCAAUUUAAAAUUAAAGUAAUAAUUUUCAAAAUGACCCAUUAAAUUGAAAUUAUUUUUAGCUUCUGUGUGAUAGAUCAUUAUGUUGUGCAUAUUGACUUUUCUUGUGGGUUUCAAACUCAGAAACCUUUCCCAGAUAAACCAAAGGAAAACAUUAUAUAGGCCCUCUUGCCUUUCCUUCAAUUUAUAUUCAAACUUUACUUUGCCUUCUCCAUCCAACGUCUUGUUGCCAUGUCUCGUCACAGUCCAUGACUCAUUUCACAAAGGAAACAGCAUGCUGUUUAGACAGUCAAUACAUCUUGCAACUUUAAUGAUAGUUCAGUUGUGCUGCUGGCUUUGUAGUCAUUUCUGCACAGAUUGUGACAUUGUUGAUUUGCAUACUUUUUUUUUUUCCCCCCCUUUUAGAGAAUGUGUAGAAGUUGGGACUUUGAAAUGGACAACUUGAGCUUUUUGUUGUACAGUUUUAUCUCAGUCUCUCAUGGUCAGGAAAUGUGCUGGUAAAAUGCUUCAACAAUGUCUCUUUUCAGUAUGUGCUCCUAACACUAUUGUCUGCUGGGAAUUGUUGGGAUAUUGACCUAAAAACUAAAUCUAUUCUGUCUUUUAAUUUUAAGCCUCCAGCAUUAUAUUUUGUUUAUUGUUCAAAUAAAAGAUUGUGCAAAAAGCAA